AAAAUUGUGAGUAUUUUUGCUAAAUAUUGCUUUUCCUACUAAUUUAAUUGCAAUGAAAAUUAAAAGAAAAAGUUCUUAAAGAAUCCCUGCAUCGAGUAAUGUAGAAAUCUCACGAUAACAGUUCAUAGUUUACUGAGAAAUUCAAAAAAUCCAGAAAGAUGCUGUCCAGAAACGUCCUGGCUCUGGCAAAGGAUGCCGCUAUGAUUCAAAUGGUGCGUCAGGCCAGUUCGGGUCACGGGGUUGCCUCGAAGAUUGGCAAAAGGGAAGUGGUUGGGUAUGGCUGGAGUGGAGAGCCAGUGUACUACGAUCGCGUGGAUUAUCCAAUGCCAGCCAUCCGGUACAAGGAACCCACCCCUGAGAUCCUGGCCCUGCGCGAGAAGGAGAAGGGAGACUGGAAGAAAUUGAGUAUUGAUGAGAAGAAAGCUCUCUACAGGGCUUCCUUCUGCCAGACUUUCGCCGAAUUCAAGCAUCCCACGGGAGAAUGGAAGGGCUGCAUCGGCUGGACACUCGUCGGAGUCUCCAUCGCUGUCAUCUUCUCGCUCUGGAUGAAUGCUUUCGUCUACGAUGUAAUGCCAGACAGUUUCAGCGAGGAAAACCAAAAGGCUCAGCUGAAGAGAAUGUUGGACCUGGAGGUGAAUCCAAUCCAUGGUUUAGCUUCCAAGUGGGACUACGAGAACAAGAGAUGGAAGUAGAGAAAAAAUUGGCGGUAAUAGUCAAAGAAUUUGUCUUUCAUAACCAAUAUUUAAAGAAAAAAAUGAAUUUGUUCAGCGAUAGAAUUGUUUUGUGGUGGAGUGAUUGAUUUCUCAGGGAAGGCAAUAUACUUUCCCGGGAAGUAGAAGAAGCCACAAUUCAUCCAUCUGUAGUUGUGAGAUAUGAAAGAAAUAAAUGAGAAAAUAAAUGUGAAACUGAAAGAGAAAAAUAAUAAAAAAAAAUGGUCUCAAAGUCGAAAGAGAAAAA